UGUGCAUACGUCCCUGGUAGACUCUUGCUCAGGCUGUGAAGUUUCUUCUCUUUCUUUCUUUUUCCUAAUUCCGAGGUAGCCGUUUCAUCCAUGGAGCAAAUGCAUAUUAAGUGUACACUAGGUGUCACUAAAAAAAAUCCUGGGAGCAAAACGGACGCGAUUUCUGGCUCGUUAACCUUGUUGAUAAAGGGGAAAGGCAGUGCAGAGGGAAACAGCAAUGCUUUUCCGACCUCGAGAACGAGGGUAUAAGAGAAACGAACCCCAUCCCUCGACACCUACGUUUGUUUUACCGCCAUGCACAUCAUUCCGAAUCAAUACUUAUUGUAAUGUAUUAUCAUUGACCAUAAAAAUCCACAAAAGCGACGCGUUUAACACAACUACGAGGUACUAGGUGUUACAAAGGGGAGGGAGCUUUAUUCGAGAGAUGAGACUUCCCAUGAGAUCGAGAGAUGAGACUUUUCCCUUGAGAUGGUGCUUCUGAUCGCGGAGGAGCUGCAAUCUUGUCCGCACUUGAGGAUCGGUUGCCGGGAAACAACCACGCACCGGAGCUGGCCGAGCCUUACAGAAGGUCUUUAGUCCAAAACGACGACUUUGACCUUCCUAAGAUGGCGUCUCGACCUUAACUACGGACAUCACGCACGCACCACUUCAGCUGUGGCCGCCACUUCCGGCCCAAAGACCCGACAGCUGUCCACGGUUGUAGCCUGACGCAGGUUAUGCUCGUGAGCCUUUCCUUCUGACAGUGGCGUUUGGAGGCGCUAAAGGAUAGCAUCGGUGGUAGAUUCCCCACGGCUUCCUGCGCCCUUAGGCCGUCCGCGACGCUCCCGCUGGUGGGCGAGCGGACUUUUGAUUAGGCAGACGCCGCGGACAGCCCGAUGCUCGCCGGGCUUCGGCGGGCGAGGGAAGACCCGAGAGUCGCGGGCUGCGCAAGAUGGCGACGGCUGCCGCAUCCUCGGCGUCCGAGCCGGAGGUUGAGCCCCAGGCCGGACCUGAGGCCGAGGGAGAAGAGGAUGAGGCGAAGCCGGCCGGUGUGCAGCGGAAGGUGCUGUCCCGCCCUGUGGCCGCGGAGGCGGCGGAGGCCAAGGGCCCCGGAUGGGACCUGCAGCGGGAAGGCGCGAGCGAGAGCGACGGGGAUGAGGAGGACGCCAUGGCUUCCUCCGCCGAGAGCUCCGCCGGGGAGGACGAGUGGGAGUACGACGAGGAGGAGGAGAAGAACCAGCUGGAGAUCGAGCGGCUGGAGGAGCAGCUGUCCAUCAAUGGCUAUGAUUACAACUGCCACGUGGAGCUCAUCAGGCUGCUGCGGCUGGAAGGCGAGCUCAGCAGAGUGAGGGCGGCCCGCCAGAAGAUGAGCGAGCUCUUCCCCCUGACUGAAGAGCUCUGGCUGGAGUGGCUCCACGACGAGAUCAGCAUGGCCAUGGACGGCCUGGACCGCGAGCACGUGUACGAGCUCUUCGAGAGAGCGGUGAAGGACUACAUCUGUCCAAACAUUUGGCUAGAGUAUGGCCAGUACUCAGUUGGUGGCAUUGGUCAGAAAGGUGGCCUUGAGAAGGUUCGCUCUGUGUUUGAAAGAGCCCUGUCCUCUGUUGGCCUACACAUGACGAAAGGCCUGGCCAUCUGGGAGGCCUACCGAGAGUUUGAAAGCGCCAUCGUGGAGGCUGCUCGGCUGGAGAAAGUGCACAGCCUCUUCCGGCGACAGCUGGCGAUCCCACUGUACGAGAUGGAGGCCACCUUUGCAGAGUAUGAAGAAUGGUCAGAGGAGCCCAUGCCGGAGUCUGUACUUCAGAGCUAUCAGAAAGCGCUGGGGCAGCUGGAGAAGUACAAGCCUUAUGAGGAAGCGCUGCUACAGGCAGAGGCCCCUCGGCUGGCGGAAUACCAAGCUUACAUCGACUUCGAGAUGAAAAUCGGGGAUCCUGCCCGUAUUCAGUUGAUCUUUGAGCGUGCCCUGGUGGAGAACUGCCUGGUUCCAGACUUAUGGAUCCGCUACAGUCAGUACCUAGAUCGACAGCUGAAAGUUAAGGACUUGGUUUUGUCUGUACACAGCCGUGCUGUGCGGAACUGCCCGUGGACAGUUGCCCUGUGGAGUCGGUACCUCCUGGCCAUGGAGCGACAUGGACUGGACCAUCAAACGAUUUCUGCGACCUUCGAGAACGCUCUGAGUGCUGGCUUCAUCCAGGCCACUGACUAUGUGGAGAUCUGGCAGGUGUACCUCGACUACCUGAGGAGAAGGGUUGACUUCAGACAGGACUCUAGCAAGGAGCUGGAAGAGCUGCGGUCCAUGUUCACGCGGGCUCUGGAGUAUCUGCAGCAGGAGGUUGAGGAGCGUUUCAGCGAGAGUGGGGAUCCAAGCUGCCUGAUCAUGCAGAGCUGGGCUCGGGUUGAGGCUCGUCUGUGCAAUAACAUGCAGAAAGCCCGAGAGCUCUGGGACAGCAUCAUGACCAGAGGGAAUGCCAAGUACGCCAACAUGUGGCUGGAGUAUUACAACCUGGAACGGGCACAUGGUGACACACAACACUGUCGGAAGGCUCUGCACCGAGCUGUCCAGUGCACGAGUGACUACCCUGAGCAUGUCUGUGAAGUGUUGCUCACCAUGGAGAGGACUGAAGGGACCUUAGAAGAUUGGGAUCUAGCCAUUCAGAAAACGGAGACGCGCUUGGCUCGUGUGAAUGAGCAGAGAAUGAAGGCUGCAGAGAAGGAAGCAGCUCUUGUGCAGCAGGAAGAAGAAAAGGCCGAGCAGCGGAAGAAGGUGCGGGCGGAGAAGAAAGCCCUGAAAAAGAAGAAGAAAACUCGAGGUGCCGACAAGCGCAGGGCGGACGAGGACGAAGAGAACGAGUGGGGCGAAGAGGAGGAAGAGCAGCCUUCCAAACGCAGAAGGAUGGAGAACAGUCUGGCCUCUGGAGCAGCUUCGGCUAUGAAGGAAGAAACAGAGCUCUCCGGGAAAUGCUUAACAAUAGACGUUGGUCCUCCUUCCAAGCAGAAAGAGAAGGCAGCCUCCCUUAAGCGGGACAUGCCCAAGGUGGCUCACGACAGCAGUAAGGACAGUGUCACCGUGUUUGUCAGCAACCUGCCCUACAGCAUAGAAGAGCCCGAGGUGAAGCUCAGGCCACUCUUUGAGGUCUGUGGGGAGGUGGUCCAGAUCAGGCCAAUCUUCAGCAACCGCGGGGACUUCAGGGGCUAUUGCUAUGUGGAGUUUGGAGAGGAGAAGUCAGCCCAGCAGGCCCUGGAGCUGGACAGGAAGAUUGUGGAGGGCAGGCCGAUGUUCGUGUCCCCCUGUGUGGAUAAGAGCAAAAACCCUGAUUUUAAGGUGUUCAGAUACAGUACCACCCUGGAGAAACACAAACUGUUCAUCUCCGGCCUGCCCUUUUCCUGCACCAAAGAGGAGCUCGAGGACAUUUGUAAGGCCCAUGGCACCGUCAAGGACCUCAGGCUGGUCACUAACAGGGCUGGCAAGCCGAAGGGCCUGGCGUAUGUGGAGUAUGAAAACGAAUCCCAGGCGUCCCAGGCAGUGAUGAAGAUGGAUGGCAUGACCAUCAGAGAGAAUGUCAUCAAGGUGGCAAUCAGCAAUCCCCCUCAGCGGAAAGUUCCAGAGAAGCCAGAAGUGAGGACAGCACCAGGGGCCCCCAUGGUCCCCCGGCAGAUGUAUGGCGCACGCGGGAAGGGACGGACCCAGCUCUCUCUCCUUCCUCGAGCUCUGCAGCGCCAGGGUGCUGCUCCUCAGGCUGAGAACGGCCCAGCUCCGGGGCCGGCGGUCGCCCCAUCUGUGGCCACCGAGGCUCCUAAGAUGUCCAAUGCCGACUUUGCGAAGUUGCUUCUGAGAAAGUGAGCAGGACUCUGAGAUGGAGACGCCUUACCUGUCCUUCCUGCUGGCCGGGCUGGCCACCACGGGCCCUGAGACAGAAGGGCUGGGUUCUCGCCUGCGCUCCCACAGAUUCUCCUCUGGUGUGGAUGGGAAGGGAGAGCCUACGGUGAACAUGGCGGUGAGGAGUGUUCCCUCACAUUGAGGGCGGAGGCCGACCGCUCUAUGGGCUGUCCCCAGGUACGUUAGUGUCCUAACAAGGAGGGACCCAGCUUUCGAGGCCCACUUGUCCUGAUGCUUUCACCGCCUCUGGCCCCUUUUCUACGAACCCCCUCCCCCGGCCCUGCACAGCACGUAUGCCCAUCACUCUGUAAGUGUGGAAGAUGGAAUGGGAGAGCUUAUCACUCAUCAGAAUGGCCUGUCGAGAAGUGUGGGACGUCACAGAAGACACGUGUGAUGGGCUUUUGUCCAAAGAGGCUAUGAGUUUUUCUAUUAUGUAUUUCUAAUUCACACUGUUUAAUGUUCCCUAAAAGUGGAAUGUCUGUGACCUUUGUUCAUAGGAAUUGUGUGCCAGCCACUCUGGACCACUUUCUUUGCCUGAUGACUGGAGCCCUAAGCCCUCUGUUCAGACACUCACGUCGAAAUGCCAUGUCUAGUACAAAGUUGAGUCUCCCCAUUGAGUUUUGUUUAUUAAACUGAAGUUCUUACAGAA